GGAAAGUCGCUUCAAACCCGACAGCGUUCUUCAGUCUCAAAUCCAAUAACCACCCACCGGAAAGGAACGCUCAGCUCCAGAAAAGAUUGAUUGAGUGACGGAGAGAGAAGUUUAAUGAACAACACAAGGAUAUUUACACUCCCUUUUAACACAUUUUGGCAACUUUUGGAAAUAUUUAGAUAUUUAUUUCUCAGUCAAGAAGCCUAUUUUGAUUUCUAUUUUCUUUAUGAGACCGUUUAAGUGUUUGAACACGUUUGGACGCGUCAAGUUCGGGACAAGCUCUUGGAAAAUACGCACACUGCAUGUUGACGCGUUGGUUGAACAGGUGGCUCGGGUUCCGGUUAAAUUGGCCUAUAUACAAUCAACGGGGACAACGGACAGGACGGGCAGACGGGACUUUGUCGGACUUCAGAUGCUGCUCACAUACCGGACCUGCCAGGUUUAGAGCGCAGGGGACAACGAGGACGGACAGUUGGAAACUUCUCUAAAGGUUGAAAAUAAACCGUUCUUUUGUAGUUUGACAGUUAGGAGUUUUUAUGACAGCCGCUGGCGUUGACAUGGUUGUCGAUAGUCCCCGGUUACACGGGGGUAAAGCCCCGGCCUCUACACCGGAGAACGUUGUCCCCGGGAGUAAAGCCCCGGCCUCUACACCGGAGAACGUUGUCCCCGGGAGUAAAGCCCCGGCCUCUACCCCGGAGAACGUUAUCCCGGCUUCUCUAGGCAGUCCUGCUGCGGAUAUCCUCCGUAAUUUUUACCACACUAAGCGGGUCGGAAACUACUUGAUCGGGAGGAAACUUGGAGAGGGCUCCUUCGCUAAAGUCCGAGAGGGACUUCACGCCAUGACUGGAGAGAAGGUCGCGGUAAAGGUGAUCGAUAAGAGGAAGGCGAAGAAGGACUCUUACGUGACUAAGAACCUCCGUAGAGAAGGUCAAAUCCAACAGAUGAUCAGACAUCCCAACAUCACCCAGCUGCUGGACAUACUGGAGACUGAGAACAGUUACUACCUGGUGAUGGAGUUGUGUCCUGGAGGAAACCUCAUGAACCGGAUCUACGAUAAGAAGAAGCUGGACGAGAGAGAGACUCAGAAAUACGUACGACAGCUGGUGAUGGCUGUGGAACAUCUGCACAGAGCUGGAGUGGUGCACAGGGACCUGAAAAUUGAAAACCUGCUGUUGGACGAACAGGAACACAUCAAGCUCAUAGAUUUUGGUCUCAGUAACUGUGCAGGGAUCCUGGGUUACUCAGACCCGUUCAGUACGCAAUGCGGGAGUCCCGCCUACGCUGCUCCAGAACUACUGUCCCGCAAGAAGUACGGCCCCAAGGUGGACGUCUGGUCCAUAGGAGUGAACAUGUACGCCAUGCUGACCGGCAGCCUUCCCUUCACCGUGGAGCCCUUCAGUCUCAGGGCUCUGCACCAGAAGAUGGUGGACAAGGAUAUGAACCCUCUACCGCCCUCUCUCUCUACAGCGGCCAUCUGUCUAAUGAAGAAGCUGUUAGAACCAGAUCCAGCUAAGAGACCCAACAUCCACCAGGUCAUGUCUGACUCCUGGCUACAACUGGCUAACGCUAACACUGGAGCACCCUACCUCAACAGGAUCCACAUUGAGGAGAUCAACCACAUGGUAUUACUGCAUAUGACAGAGAGGAUGGGCUACAAACACAGCGAGGUGCUGAGUGCCGUGCUCACCAACAGAGCCUGUCACACUCUGGCUGUCUACUUCCUGCUCAACAACAAGAUGAAGAGGCUCUCCAAGGAGUACAGGGAGAAGGUGUACCAGGAGAAGGAGAAGAAGACAGAGAAGAAUGAGUACUUCCAGACCCAGUGGAGGAAACACGUAGAGAAGGUCACCAUCCCUCCUAAACAGACUCCUGUCUACCUGGCCGUCAGCAAGGGCCCGAGCAAGGAGAAGAAGCACAGGAAUGGUCUGCUGCGAGCGGUAACGGGUAACUUCCACCGUGCCUCUCCUCUCGCCCCGUCCGGCACCGUUGCCUCAUCCUCCAUGGAAUACCUAGAGAUCCACCCCCUCUUCCCCCGCACGUCCCAGCCAACCAGGCACCUAGAAACCCUCCAGGCAGCCAAUACCAGCCCUGACCACAUCCCCGCCCCACCGGCUCCGUCUCCAAUCGGCAUGCACUCCUACGACUCCCUCGCCAAAGCUGAGACAAUCGACGACGUCGUGGUCCCCGCCUCGGCCACACCCUGGUACAAACUGACCAAUGGGACCUUCUCUCCUCCGCGACACGUCUCAGCCUUCCACCCUGAUUCGUCCUACCUAAAAAAGGCGACUAUCCCCAGCCCCCCCGUCCUCAUCGUCAACCCCCAGCCAAAAAACUCCUCCUCUAACUCGGGUGACAACCCCCCUAGUAUCUUCGGCAGCCCCCCGGGAGGUUCUGCCUUCUCCCCGCCCAAAUCAGCCUUCAGUCCCCUCAACCCGUCCUCUGCGUUCAGUCCUCCGUCCACCGGGGGCAGCGUUGAGCCAGACAGCCCCCAGCACAGUAAGUUCCCCUCUAUGGGCAUCGGUCAGAUCCUGAAGAAGAAGGGCCCCUUCCAGCCGUUCAGUUUCAGGGCGGAGCAAGCGGUGGAGGAGGAUCUGGUGUCUCCGCCCCCUUACCACAUGCAGACGCUGCUCUGCGCCUCCGCGCUCAAGACCCUCUGCUGAAGCAUUGUGGGUAGCGGUACAAAGAUGAUGAUGUGGCUCUGGUCCAAAGUAGUGCACUAUGAAACGAGGGGAUAUAGGGUGGGGUCGUUUUUGAGAGAGUUCACUCCUGAGCAGCCUUGGAUUUCGUCCUCUGCUGAGGCAGUCGCCAUGACAACACUACGACUCUAGAGACCCUCUUGGUGUUAUAGAGAUAAACUAUUGUAAUAAUAAUAGUAAUUAAUGCAUUAAACAUUAAAGACAGAGACAGAUUAAGGUGGAUAAAAUGCCACUUUGUCAACGAGUGUUUCGGCUGACUAAAGGCCUUUGUUGUGACACCGGUGACUGGAACACGUGACCAACCAAGCUCCACAGUGUUACCUGUCAUUGUUGUAUAUUGUGCUGUGAGAGAGAGCUGAGUGACAGAGAGAGAGAGACAGAGAGAGCUGAGUGACAGACACACACAGAGAGAGAGAGAGAGCUGAGUGACAGAGAGAGAGACAGAGAGAGCUGAGUGACAGAGAGAGAGAGAGAGAGCUGAGUGACAGAGAGAGAGAGAGAGAGCUGAGUGACAGAGAGAGAGACAGAGAGAGCUGAGUGACACAGAGAGAGAGAGAGAGAGAGAGCUGAGUGACAGAGAGAGAGAGCUGAGUGACAGAGAGAGAGACAGAGAGAGCUGAGUGACACACAGAGAGAGAGAGAGAGAGCUGAGUGACAGACAGAGAGAGAGAGAGAGCUGAGUGACAGAGAGAGAGAGAGCUGAGUGACAGAGAGAGAGACAGAGAGAACUGAGUGACACACACACAAAGAGAGAGAGAGCUGAGUGACACACAGAGAGAGAGAGAGCGAGAGAGCUGAGUGACACAGAGAGAGCUGAGUGACACACAGAGAGAGAGAGAAAAGCUGAGUGACACAGAGAGAGCUGAGCGACACACAGAGAGAGAGAGAGCUGAGUGACACACACAGAGAGAGAGAGAGAGCUGAGUGACACACACACACAGAGAGCUGAAUGAUUCAUGUCACCUUAAGUAAUUCUGACUGUAGUCUGUGCUAUAAUAGUAUUGUGUGUGUGUUCUGCCUGCCGGUAUUGCCAAGGUGUUCUGGACAAAUGGAACCGGUGAAGAACGUUACCUGUGAAUACCACAUGUUCUAAUUAUGGACUCUAGUGUCACUAAGAUUUUACAUUCAUAUAUUCACCGUCUUGGACUAACUGAUGCUUCCAUUUACUGUACACAGGGCUUCUCGCUGUUGAGAUGCUUCUCUUUCAUACACAGGGCUUCUCGCUGUUGAGAGGCUUCUCUUUCAUACACAGGGCUUCUCGCUGUUGAGAGGCUUCUCUUUCAUACACAAGGCUUCUCACUGUUGAGAGGCUUCUCUUUCAUACCCAGGGCUUCUCACUGUUGAGAGGCUUCUCUUUCAUACCCAGGGCUUCUCACUGUUGAGAUAGGUCUUUCAUACACAGGGCUUCUCACUGUUGAGAUAGGUCUUUCAUACACAGGGCUUCUCACUGUUGAGAUGGGUCUUUCAUACACAGGGCUUCUCACUGUUGAGAGGCUUCUCUUUCAUACACAAGGCUUCUCACUGUUGAGAGGCUUCUCUUUCAUACCCAGAGCUUCUCACUGUUGAGAGGCUCCUCUUUCAUACCCAGGGCUUCUCACUGUUGAGAGGCUUCUCUUUCAUACCCAGGGCUUCUCACUGUUGAGAGGCUUCUCUUUCAUACCCAGGGCUUCUCACUGUUGAGAGGCUUCUCUUUCAUACCCAGGGCUUCUCACUGUUGAGAGGCUUCUCUUUCAUACCUGGCCAAAUCUGCAUGCAAAACAGUUUUAAUAUGUAAAUGUUAAAAAAAGAUUUUUUUUUUUUUAAACUAAGAAAUGUCUUUGUAAAUCUUUUUUGAUGUUGUCAAUAUUCAUAUUGAUUUGGAUUUGAGUCACGUUCUUUAGUAAUGCUUUUUGUAAUGUGUAUUUUUUAUUUUGUGCGUUGAGAGAUUUUUUAUGAUGCCUUAUGAAAUAUUUUAAAUAUUUAUACUAAA